UUCGCAGACACAACACAUUCGAUCUUGUUCUGCAAAGUCAGAGAAGACUGAAAGCUCACAAUGGCAAGAACCAAGCAGACAGCCCGUAAGUCCACCGGAGGCAAAGCCCCCCGGAAGCAGCUGGCCACCAAGGCCGCCCGUAAGAGCGCCCCGGCCACCGGCGGAGUGAAGAAGCCUCACCGCUACAGGCCCGGCACUGUGGCUCUGAGGGAGAUCCGCCGCUACCAGAAGUCCACCGAGCUGCUCAUCCGCAAGCUGCCCUUCCAGCGCCUGGUCAGGGAGAUCGCUCAGGACUUCAAGACCGACCUGCGCUUCCAGAGCUCCGCCGUCAUGGCUCUGCAGGAGGCCAGCGAGGCCUACCUGGUCGGCCUGUUCGAGGACACCAACCUGUGCGCCAUCCACGCCAAGAGGGUCACCAUCAUGCCCAAAGACAUCCAGCUGGCCCGCCGUAUCCGCGGAGAGAGGGCUUAAGCCGACCCGAAACCCGUCCGACCAACGAGACUACGACACAAACGGCUCUUUUCAGAGCCAC